AUGAAAUUAAUUGACUUUGAUGGGUUUAUUUUGUUUUAUGAUCGCGAUCGAAAAGGAGCUCUUAAUACGAUGAUAUAUCUGGAAACAUACAUUUCAAUCAAAUUAAAAAAUGAGUCAAAAGAAAAGAAUAAUCCGGAUGAAAAAACGAAUGAAACAACGAACAUAUGUCCGCCUAGUUACAUUCUAUCGUGUGUGAAAGAAGCCUCCUUAUUAAAUACAAGAAAAUCUUUAACUGAGACUCCAAAAACCAAUUUUUGUGUACAGUGUAAUAGUGGAACCAUUAAAAAUUUUAUUGAAUCACAUCUUUUACCUUUUCUGAAUCAAUGUGCGAACGGCAAACAUGAAAAUAAAACUCAGAAUGAUAGAUAUCAAACUGAAGAACUUCUUACUGGCGUCACAUCUUAUUUCGAUAGUCGUGCUGGUCAUUCAUCUGUUCAAGAUUUGAUGGCACGUAGUCUUGAACAUACACAUGAGUCAAUAAUAAUGAAUAGUUUAAAUAAUGAUCGAAUGAAUUCAUUGACUUUAAUAAGUAAAUCAAAUGCAGAUUCUCCAAAGCAUCAUCAUUCAUCAUCAACGCCAACUAAUCCUGAACAAAUUUUCUCUUAUCGAUCAUAUCCUUACUUAUCGAAUUCGACCAAUGGUACUGACUCAACAAUUGUGCCGACAACACCAGUUGAUCCAUCCAUACCAAAUUUCUCUUUUGUUUCAUCCACAAAUUCUAUAUCUGAUUAUCAACGUCAAUAUUUUCAAAAGUCGACUAGCAUGCGUUUUGCUAAACUAAUUGAACAUCCAACUAAUCUAACCAACUAUGAACCAUCGUUCAAUGAUGACCAUUCAUUGUUGCGUCGGAAAAUUUCGGACGUUGAAGAAAUAAAAUUUCAUUUAUAUAAACAUCGAACUGCUGCUCAUGUUAAAGUUCCAUUAGCAACACCAGAAAUAAUUGAAUUAAACGAAAUAACACCUUUUUCGAUUCAAGAAUAUUAUGAUGCAUCAUCUCCGAAAACAGAUAGUAAUAAAAAUGAUCUUAUUGAUUCUUCGUCAUCUAUUAUUCAAAGUAAUACUGUCGAUGAAUCGGUUACGGAUUCGUCAAAACAAACAAGAGUUACUGAUUCAUCGGUCGACAGUUCAAGUGAUGAACGUUUACGAACAACAUCAACACCACCACAAAACGUUGCUGUCUUACAAAGAAAAGUAUCCGAUAGAAAAAUAAAACGCAUACGCGCUAAACAAAAUGAUCUAGCAUGUUCAGCAUCAAGUAGUGAAGUUUUAAAAAAACCUGGAUCUGAUGAAGAUAUUUUAAAUGACGAUGAUCAAGCUAAUCAGAAAAAGAAGCGUCGGCCAAGUUUUAAACGACGAAAAAAGAAUAUGUAUGAUCAAGCACAAACUGAUUCAGGCAUUGAUUCUAGAAUGGAUUCAAAAGAUUCAAAUAGAGCAUAUAAUACGCCUGAACCUUCAACAAAUAUUAUUAUAUCAAACGAAGAGGAUUCAAGUGUUGGUGAUUGUGUAAAAGAUAGCAAAGAUGCAUCCAUUGAAGAACUGGAAGAAAGACCAACAGCUAAUUGGAUUCGUCGUCAACUCCAACAUUUUGCUCAAGCUAGACGUGAAAAAAAUGAAUUAAAAUAUCGAUCUCCUGCUCUAACAACAAUAUCUUCUCUGCCUCCAUCAAAAGCAGCUAUAGCAACAAAUCCAUCUCAAACCCAUCAAAAUACUUCUCCUUUUUCGUCUCUUGAAAAUUCUUAUCAACAUGUUCCAAUUCGUUUAAAACUUAGUCGAUGUAUAUUAUCAAAUGAAACAGGCAUCCCAUUAUUCGUUGAAAAAUGUAUUCAAUUCAUUGAACAACAUGGUUUAACUAUUGAAGGGCUUUAUCGAAUAUCUGGCUAUAAAAAUCAAGUUGAAUUAAUUAUUAAUAAACUUAACGAAGAUCCAAAUUAUGACCUUAAUUUAUUACAAGUUCCAGCAAGUGCUGUCGCAACAGCAUUUAAAGAUAUGAUGAGAAAAUUAGAUGAACCUAUUUUAUCAUUAGAACAAUUUGAUCAAUGUCAACUAUUAACAAUUGAUCAAUUACGAGAACAAAAUUUUAUUCCAUUACAAAAGGCUUUAUUACGUACAAGCGAUCUUAAAUAUCGAACAAAUAAAUAUAUAUUUAAACAUCUUCAUUUUGUUUCUCAACAUACUACGUUAACUCAUAUGGAUUCAUCGAAUUUAGCUGUUUUAUGGUGGCCAAAUUUAUUUCAACCACAAUUUCAUGAUUUACGUACAGCUGAACAAAUCUGUCAAAAAGCAAAACCAUUAAUUCAAGCAAUUAUCGAUAACUAUCCAAUUAUUUUCAAUUCUGAUCAAAUAAAAGAAAAAGUUUGA